GAACCAGAGGUUAAGAGACCUGAUACAUAUUCCCCAAGAGACAAACAACCCGAUAGCAAAAAACCAGAUGGGACCAUUAGUGGUCUUAAAGGAUUGGUCGGAGAACCCGACAGAUACUCCACAGUAGGCAGUCAACCUGGUAUAUAUCCCCCAAUGGACAGUCAACCUGGAAUAUAUCCCCCAAUGGACAGUCAACCUGGUAUAUAUCCCUCAGUAGGCAGUCAACCUGGUAUAUAUCCAUCAGUAGGAAGUCAACCUGAAAGAUAUUCCUCAGUAGACAGUCAACCUGGUAUAUAUCCCUCAGUAGGCAGUCAACCUGGUAUAUAUCCCCCUGUUGGCCGUCAACCGGAUACAUAUUCCCCAGUAGGAAGUCAACCUGAGAGAUAUUCCUCAGUAGACAGUCAACCUGGUAUAUAUCCCCAAGUAGAAAGUCAACCUGGUAUAUAUCCCCAAGUAGACAGUCAACCUGGUAUAUAUCCCUCAGCCGACAGUCAACCUGAGAGAUAUUCCCCAGUUGGU